AUGAGAGAUGAGUAUUCUUACAAUGAAGGGGUCGAAAGCCGAUCUACUGAAAUGCUUUUGUCAAUUCUAGAGCAUUAUGACACAAAUCUUAUUGAAGAGCAUAUCAUUGACGAAUAUGAUAGGAGGAGGAAGGAUUCUGGAAGAGAAAAUGAGGAUAUGAACCUCAACAAGCCCUUGAAUGCAAAGAGUCCGGAAAAGCAUGAUUCUUUCCAUGAGAAGGUUGAUGAAUCCGAGCCUUUGGAGUCGCACAUGUGCGAUUUCAUAAAUAGCUAUGGGAUAUCUGAAGACGAUUCUUGUCCACAGGAAAAAAAUAAACUUGGCAGCUUGUCAUUGGAUAAAGAUGGGAAUGAUUUUGAGGCAUCAUCCACAAAUCUCACUGGAAACUCCACUGUUGAUCUUUCUGGUGUUCGAAAUCUCACAGAUCCAAUGUCUCUUGAAAAGGCCUUAGAGUUUGAAAGAUGGUCGAUCAAGAAAGAAGAAUUGGUAAGGAAUACGGAAACACAAAGGAAGAUGCUUGAGGCAUUCCAUUCUAUUCCCGAAGUAGCCUUAAAAGAAGGGAUAUUUGACGAUAUCAAGAUAAAUAAAAUAUAUGUUGAAUCUAGAAUUCACAUCAGAAAAGAAAAUGGAAGGAAAAUCAAAGAAAAAAAAGGCCUAAUAAGAGGUGAAAGAGAUAUAGAAGGGAGGAAGGAAACGAAGACCAUGAUGUUCGAUGACUAUGCUUCGGGAUGGGAAUUGUCGAGUGAGUCAGCCUCUGAUGUGGCUACGAGGGAAAAGGCAUUUAAGAUUAUAAGAGAGGCAAAGAAAAAAGCAACGGGAAGAGAUCUGCUGUGCAGUGGAGAUAUGCAGCUACGUAAGUUCGUUGUGGAUCAGGAGGAAAAAUACUUAAAAAUAGAAGAAGUUAUAAAACUGAAUGACCUUAAGUACAAGAACCUGAUGGGGAAAAUCUACAAGAAAGGUGGGAAUGGAAAGUACCAAUACAACUGGUUCACUUUGAAAAAGAAUUUCUUCACAUGUUACAAUGGAAAGGGGAUCAAGAUAGGUUCAGAUACUUUUCCUUCUGAUAAGAACUAUGAUUUCAAGGAUCCUGAAGACGAAACACUCUUCUUUAAAAAAAAGUAUACCAUAGACCUUCUUAGUGCGGGGAUAUACCUUGUUAAGCACCCAGCUUAUAUGGGAUGCAUAAGGUGGGGAUCUAGUUCAGAUGAGGACCUGAUCGAUAUCACCGAGGACACAAAGAUAAUAAGAAUUACUCCUGCAAAGAACUAUUUUUUAAUUUCUCUGAAGAAGAAUCUUGUGAAGACGGAGAUAAAGACGAGCACACUAGACUUUGCAUUGAGGGCUGAUGGCGAAACCUAUUUCUACAGGUCGAAAGACAUGGAUAGCUUUCUUGGAUGGCUGGUUGCAUUUGCAUUCAGACAAGGAAGGAUAAAAUGUAAUAUCGGUUGA